AUGAAUGAAUGAGUGGUUACCAAUUAUAAAAGAUUCUGGUUCGAUGGUCCAAACUCAAAAAUAUGCAAUUCAGAGACACAGUGGGGACCUGAAAAUAAUUUAAAUUAUUUUUAAGUAAUACCACACUUCUCUUCUUCCUUAUAAUUCCCACCAUCAAUGGUGCACACACCAACAGAACCCUUCUGUUCAAUUUUCUUUAAGCACUUGAAUCUUUGUUCCUCACUAUAAUAAUAUUCUUUACUCUAUAGUUUCAAUUCCUCAAAAAAUUAUAUAUUGGCACUCAGCAGAAGAACCACUGUUGAUUCCGAUACUCGUCUGUCUCCACCUUUCAUUAAAUUAUACUAUAAAAGACAGCUUCUUUAUUUCACUACUUUAAAACUAGCUUCACUCACUUAUAAUAAUAUAUAGACACAGUGUAAGAGUGAAGAUACUUUUAAUAAGAAUAUGGCUAAAGAGAUGCAGGCAGCAGGCAGCUUGUACGUGGAACAAGCAGAUGUUGAAGGAUAUGAAAACGGUGGAUUUCGCAAGAACGUAGAUGAUGACGGUCGACCAAACCGAACUGGGACAUGGUUAACGGCCAGUGCUCAUAUAAUAACUGCUGUAAUCGGGUCAGGAGUGUUGUCUCUGGCAUGGGCAAUAGCUCAGUUAGGUUGGGUGGGUGGGCCGAUUAUUCUGAUGGCCUUCUCCUUCAUCACCUUCUUCAAUUCAACCCUGCUUGCAGAUGCCUACAGGUCACCUGAUCCUGUCACCGGCAAGAGAAACUAUACCUACAUGGAUGCUGUCAGAGCAAACUUAGGUGGCUGGAAAGUCACGUUCUGUGGGAUUUCUCAGUAUGCAAAUCUAGUAGGAAUCACUAUUGGUUACACUAUCACAGCUUCUAUUAGCAUGGUGGCGGUGAAAAGGUCAAAUUGCUACCACAAGAAUGGGCAUGGAGCGAAGUGCGAGAUAUCGAACAAUCCAUACAUGAUACUAUUUGCUUGUAUCCAAAUACUGCUAAGUCAGAUACCGAAUUUUCAUAAGCUGUCAUGGCUUUCGGUGGUUGCAGCAGUAAUGUCGUUCGCGUACUCUUUGAUUGGGCUGGGACUGUCCAUAGCAAAAGUAGCAGGUGGAGGACAUGCGAGGACGAGCUUAACUGGGACUACAGUUGGGGUCGACGUCACAGCAGCACAGAAGGUGUGGAGGGCUUUCCAAUCUCUCGGGGACAUUGCUUUUGCUUAUGCUUAUUCUACUGUUCUUAUUGAGAUUCAGGAUACCAUAAAAUCAGGUCAUCCAGAGAACAAAGCCAUGAAGAAAGCAUCCUUCAUUGGCAUCCUAACAACCACCUUGUUCUACCUCCUAUGCGGUUGCGUUGGUUAUGCUGCUUUUGGAAAUGAUGCUCCUGGCAAUUUCCUCACUGGUUUCGGAUUCUAUGAACCUUUCUGGCUAAUCGAUGUCGCCAACGUUUGCAUUGCUAUCCACCUCAUUGGCGCAUAUCAAGUCUUUUCUCAGCCGAUCUUCAGCUUUGUAGAGAAGAAUUUCCGGCAAAGGUGGCCAGAGAACAAAUUCAUAAUCAGUGAGCAUGCUGUUAACAUUCCAUUUUAUGGAGCGUAUUACGUCAACAUAUUCAGACUUGUGUGGAGAACUCUAUACGUUAUAGUGACAGCAAUAGUAGCCAUGAUCUUUCCGUUCUUCAACGACUUUUUGGGACUGAUAGGCGCAGCAGCAUUCUGGCCGUUGACAGUCUAUUUUCCAAUAGAGAUGUACAUCGCACGCUCUAAAAUGCCCAAGUACUCUUUCACUUGGACGUGGCUGAAAAUACUGAGUUCCGCUUGCUUCGUGGUAUCAAUUCUUGGUGCAGCUGGAUCAAUUGAAGGUCUCAUCAACUCUCUCAAGACCUAUAAGCCUUUCCAAACCGAGCAAUAAUUCACUAUCUUUAUUCCCUCAAAUGUUCUGCUAUUUCGAACCACUUGUACUACACUAUCAAUUAACUGCAGUAGUAAAGUCUACUUUCUGUGUUUUGUUUGUA